AUGACUUCGUUAUUAUGUUUACCAGAUGAAUUAUUGGUUAAAGUUAUCUUACAUUUAAGUCCAGACGAUAUCAACAACUUAUAUGCAUUCCAUCCAAUUGCAAACAGGCUCAAGAACUUCAUAACUUUAACAAAAGAUACACAUGAUACAAAGUUUUUCUUUAAUAUACCAUCAGAAUCACAUAUUUAUUGGGAUGAUAAUAAAACUUUACAAAAUCAUGAAAUGAUCAAACUAUUUGAAAUUUCAUAUAUAGAGAAUUAUACUGGAUCUAUUUCUCAUACUUAUCAAAAUGUUUUCGCAAAAUUUAUUGUGUUUGUUGGUGAUUCACAUGAUAUUGAAGACUAUAUGUAUGAAGAAACUAAUGAUUUAUUGGAAAUGCAUCCUAUUAAUCCCAAAAACUUUAAUUAUUUAUUAUUUGAUACAAUAUCGGAUGUUCUCUCUUUAGGGGGUAUCAAUGAUAUUAUAAGAAGUCCUGGAAAUUAUCAUUUCAAAAAAGUACAGAAUGUGAAUAUUUUUGAUAUGAAAAUAAUAAAUCAAGAUGAAAAAAUCAAGUUUGAAAGAAUUGGUGAUUUGACAAUAAAUUCCGUGUCAUUACCACCCAUGCCAAUCAUUAAUAUAUUUAAUUUUGAUCAAUAUAUUGUUGCAAAAUGUUUCAUUUAUAUUGAAGUUGAGGCUCUUGAUUUUUCAUUUUAUAAAUUCACAAAUAUCAAGCUUUUAACUAUUAGACUUGAAGAUUAUGAGGUUUAUCCAGAAGAUGACCCACUAUAUCACUUAAGCAUGAAAAAUUGUAACUUUUCACAGUUACAAGUAUUAGAAAUUAAGGCUAGUCAUGGAGUUAUUCAAGAUUGUGAAUUUCCACAUUUGAAACUCUUAAAAAUUGAACAGAGUCUUGAAUUUGAUCAUAGACGUUUUGAAUUUAAAAAUGUUAAAUUUCCUGAAUUAAUUUAUUUUGAGUGGGAUUCAGAAGAAAAAUCACCAAUAAUUCAACAAGACGUUGAGCUUCCUAAAUUAAGGUUAUUGGAACUUCGAGUUGGUAGUAGAUUUAACCCUGUUAUAGACCUUUUAGGAGAACAUCUUAUGGAUUAUUAUACAGGCCGUAAUCCAAGGUUUCAUGAUGUAUAUGAGACUGAUUAUUGCUACUGUGAUGUGGUUGGUAAAAUGAAUUUGAUUAAACAGAAAUUUCCAGAAGGAUUAUAUGUAAUUUUAGCGGUAUUAAAAGCCAUAGAGUCAAAAAAAUUAGAUCAAUUGACUUUCAUUGCCAUUGAAGUUAACUAUUUAUUAGAUAGUAAAGAUUUAUCAAAUUUUACAUUCAAGAAAUUGAAAAAAGCUGAAGUUAUAAUUUCUGAAGAUUUGAAAUCGAUGGUGAAAAUGUUUGAAGCACCAUUGUUGGAACAAUUAGUUCUUAAAUAUAAACGUGGUGACAUAUUUGAUAGUGAACUUAUUGAACAUUUCAAAAAUUUAAAAGAAUUGGUACUUAUGUAUGAUACUGAUGAAGAUAUUGAAAUUCAAGCUGAGAAAUUACCAAAUCAAAUUGAAAAAUUACUUAUUAAAUCAAGACCAUUUUGUAAAAUUUCAAUCACUGGUGAAUUUAAAAAUUUGAAAAGUUUAAGAAUUGAAAAACAUAAUAAGUCUGCUAAAUCCCAGAUGAAUACUAGUCAUCAUCCAGAGGCUGAUCCAAAUGUCAUCACAUUGAAUUUAUCCGCCCCAAAAUUAAUUGAAAUAAAGCUUUCAGGUGUUGGGUUUAAUCUUUUAAAACUUCAUAAUUGUCCCUUAUUAGAAAUUAUAACUGGGAAAUGUGUUUCAAGAAUUAACUUUCUUGAAAGUUUACCAUCAUUAACUAAAUUUAGUAUUGAAGAAACUAAAUACACCGAAGAAAUCAUUGCUAAAGCGCCUUCAAAAUUGAAAGUUCAUUAUGAAUAUGGUUUAGAAGCUAAAGAAUCACAGCUAAUUAUUGGAGUGGUCGAUGAUGUUCAAAAUUUACAAAAUAAGACAAAACAUUGGUAUGAAGAAGAACCAGAUAAAUUUCUGAUUAAAACUUUUAAAGAUGAACUUUUAGAAAAAUUGAAAAACGAAACGUCUUGGUAUGAACCUUCAAAAAGAUGGUAUUUUGAUGAUAAUGGAAAAAUAGUUUGGGAUCCAUGUGGUGAUUGUACACUUCGUAAAGACAUUUCACAAUUUGAAUCUCAAUUAAACACAGCUCCUUUAUCUCUUCAAGGAUCAAUAGUGGCAAAUUUAUCUACAUUAACCAAGACAAUAGAUGAAUAUGAAUCUUUAGCUAAGAAUGAAUCACAACCAGAAAAACAAGAAAAAGCUCGUAUAAGGUUGAUUAAUUUUAAGAAAGAUAUUCAAGAAUUGAGAACAAAAUAUCAAAAUUUGAAAAAAACAAGAGAUGAUCAAUUAGAAGAAACUACAAGAUCUGAAUUAUUAAAUAGAAGAGGUCAUUAUAAUGGACAAUCAUCUAUAACUUCUUCAUCUUCAGCAAAUCCAUUUGAUUCUCAACAAGGUACACAACAACAACCACAACAACAACAAUCAUAUCAUGAUGGAUUAUAUAAAGAAAAUUCAACAUUAUCAAGAGGAAAUCAACAAUUAGAUGAAAUUUUGGAGAUGGGUAUGGAAGCUUUUGAUGAAUUAGUUGCUUCAAAUGAAUUAAUUAGAAAGUUUCAAUCUAAAGUAACAGAUAGUUUAUCAACAUUAGGUGUUUCUCAAGGGACAAUAAGAACUAUUGAAAAAAGAGCAUUUGAAGAUAAAUGGUUAUUUUAUGGUGGUGCUAUAUUAAUGUUUAUAAUAUUAUAUUACAUUUAUAAAUGGUUAGGCUAA